AUGCUCCGUCACUGCUGCCAAAUCGGUUUCCUUCUCGCAUGCGUGUCAGUGUUCGCCGACAGGGGCACCGGUUGCGCGUUCUGCGAGGGGCUGUCGCAGCAACAGUCACAGCUACAACAGUUACAGCAGUUCACCCAACACCAGGGAUACAGAACGAUCGGCAGUCCACGGCCGUUCGGCGCUGAGAAGCCCACGAGGGUGCAGGAGUUCAACAGGACCGGUGUACUGCACCCCGAGUACCAGAUACCGGCCACCCUACGACCCGGCAAUGUGUCUCAGUUCUAUUACCUGAGUCCACGCGGAGGUCCACCCUUAACGUUACUCGUUAGCCCUUGUAGCGGGCCAAUAUCAUGGACGGUGAGUUACGUCGAACCACCUGAAAACACUGAAGAAUCGGAAGGAGCGAAAUCGCAAACACGAUGGCCAGUGAAGACUCUGAAGCCAGGCUCCCCCCUUUUCACGUACCAGGGCGCGGAGGAUCAAAACUUCACGAUAUCCAAGACACGAGCCGGUCUGUAUUGGUUCGAGAUCAAAUCCGUAGAACCUCUUGACGCCAGUUUCCAAAAACUUACACCGAGCACGGUGCUGCUGUAUGCCACAUCCAGCGGUCUGGAUCAUAUUCCGGAGUGGCAAACAAACGAGAGGAAAAGUCGUCAUCGUUCAUUGAGAUUCCAACAGCGAAGGAGCAAACGUCGACUCACGGUGUCCUGGAACAAAAGCAGCAUAGACCCUCACCUGUCGCGGUACUGCUUAGCCGUAACAUCGGGGUCGCAACCUCAUCCGUUGACCCUUUGCGCGGCACAGAACGUUCUGCACGUUGACGCGCACCCGACGAAAGGGAGUUCCUCCUCCAAGGAGCAACAACAUCGUGGUGUUCCGGAAGGACUUCACUGCGUGCGUCAAACGAAAUUGACGCUGCACAGGAUGAAGUACGACACCACGUACAACUUCACGUUAUACGUGAUAAAUACACGAAACAACGUUUCCAAUCGUGUAACCACCGACGCCGUAAGAUUUCGAAAAACACCAGAGUUAAUUUUACGCACUGGGAGUUAUACUACCGCCAGUUUGCGUAAAACCGACGGGUUCGUUAACUUCCGAUACCGUCCGCCGGAAAAUACCUCGAGUACCUUUCACAUUCUUCCCUGUGGCGGUGGCAUCGUCAAAGCGAAAUUGACCGCCCCGGGAAUUUUAAGGGAAAAGGAAGUAGUAGGAUAUGCAUCAUUAAGGGUGCCACCUUUAACUUCAGGAAAGUCUUACACAUUACGGAUAUCCGCUACACCGCAGGAGUUAGCAAGAGUGCUUGCUAUAAAGGUAUUGGCCACUCAAGAAUCGUCGACGAUAUUUCCACAGAUACCGUCCAGAAGUACACCACGGGAGUACAGAUCCCUUAGGACCUGCCACGAGGUGACCAUAGGGGUGGAAUCGGCAGGUGCAGCGAAGUAUUGUAUCUUAGUCCGUGAACUGAGAAGCGCCUCCUCGUUGGCCAGCGUGACGACGAUACCAGACCAGUGCGGUCUUCAUCGUCGCCGGCGUUCCGAGUACACCUUUGAAGUCUGCGAAGAGAAGUCAAGCCCACCGAAAGAUCGCGCACUUCCUUUCACGCUGAAACGAUUGCAGCCGGGAAAGGCUUAUCUGCUGCAGAUCACGGCACAACUGAAGGGCCAAUCGUUAUCCUAUCCGUUGUUAGGUGUACGCACCCGACGUACCUGUCUACAUUGA